AUGAGAAAGACAAUAUUCUAAAGGUGGCUCAGUCUAAUGAAAAUCUAUCACUUGAUAGAAAAUUCAAUUGCUCAAAAAGUUUGGAUGUCAUUUUAUGGCAAGUCUUAACGGAUAUACUAAAUAAAUGUAGCUUUCAUUAUUGAAAGUUCAUAACAAAGCAUGUUUAAUAAUUUAUUUGAUUACAUUAUUAUAUUGGAUACUGAAAGUCUUCAGAGCCCAAAAAAGAUGAUUAAGAAUUUGAUAAAAAAAAGCACUAUUUGUUUUAUCAAUAAGCGAUAUUAUUCAAGUAAAGACGGAAGGAGAUAUAAUAAGAGAAUUCGGAGAAUUAGUUGA